AUGCCUCCAAGAGCGAGGCUUGUUAAGCCUGUUCACAAGAUGGACCCUGCUGCUGCUGCUGCGCUUAAGACUCCCAUUGCGGGUCCCUCUGCGCGUCCACUUUCGGCUACUGCUGUUCCGUCGAAGUCGUCACGCACUCUGUUUGCGGAAGAAGACUCGGAGUCCUUGACGCUGUCAGCCAAGUUGGCGGCCUUCCGGAUUGAGCAAGCUGCUGGAGGGAAGGCAGAGAAAGGCAAGGCGAAGGACGCGGAUUUUAAGGAUGCAGUAUCUGACGCGGAAGAAGAUCCUGCUGCGGACGACGAAGACGGUGAAUCAUCUGGUGCUGCUCGUCGUGUCUGCCUCCUUGAUGAUGAGGAUGACGGGCUUUUGGCUCAUGAUCCAAAAGAAUGUUUUGAGGACAAGGCAAAGGAGGAGCUGGCGGCGAAGCUACGGUUCCCGCUCACCCUGCUGAUCCCAAGUGACCAUUUGCAGGAGGUCCGUCCGGCUGCGACAGUAGCCACGGCGACAACCAGGAUCAUUCUCAAGGACCCUGCGCUGGUGCUGGUCUCAACGGCUGGGAACAGGGAGGAGUGGGUAUGCCUGCUGGAUUGCUGCGAGAUCGGGAAAGGCUCUUCUUUCGAGCAAGCUGCUCAUCAUGUGCUGUCUCAGCGUCACCGGGGGGGGUUGGUGAAGCAGGGAGCGGCGACACGUGCUCUCAAGGACAAGCUGAACCUUCGUGUGCUGCGCAAGGAGUAUGGGAUCUAA